CUAAGGAAAAUCAUUACAGUUUUCACAGCCCAAAAAUAUGUAAACGCCAAACCGAACGUGGACAGAAUUAUUCUAAAAGUUAGACUAAAACAACAAAAAGUCGUAAAAAUAUGAAGUAUUAAUCAGAGGGCAGAAGUUAUGUAGAUGAUUGUGUCCAACAAAGAUUAAGAUUAUUCUGAUCAUUUACAGGGUUUAGAAGUUCAAGUAUCAAAUAUGGGUUAAUAUGGGGAACAUAAAAUAAGGGCUAUACCUAGCUAGUGUUAUUACAAUUAAAAACAGCUUUCUUCAACAAUUGCUUGAACUUCAUUUAAAGAAGGAGCAUUAGUUUAUCUUUGUUUCAUUCCCAGAGUUAACUUAAGACAGCUCUGGUCACAAAACUAAUGAGAUGUCAUGCAGCAAGACUCCAUGAAGAGCGUAAGUACUGUUAAUAUAGUAAAAGAAGAUAAAAUCAUAUGCAACGUAGCCUGUUCAAGUUCCUGUGCAAGUUCCUCUUUAAGAGAAGAAUCUGUCCGGAGACAGUUAUAUGCAUCUCAAGCUUUCAGGAGUUCUUCAGUGCUUUGUACUAUGUCCUUCUGGAUGAAGAAGAGUCCCAGAAGAAAAGGGGAAAACUAUUAUCCAAGGAUUCAGACUUUGAUAAAAUUCUAUAUAAUUUAUAUCCUCCACGUUAUGCAGCUGUGGUGCAGUUUGCUUUCGGUCUGUUGAAUUAGGAUGUGAGAUGCACACUAAGGAAAUGUUUUUCAUGACUUAUUUUAAAGGAUGCUGCUGUGUCAAACGGCACCGUCAGCUUAAGUUCCCACUGAAUUCCAUUUUAUAGACAAAAACACAUACAAGAUGGGGAUUGAAACUAUUUCGUUACACACAUGUAUGCACAAUCUAAAAUUCUGGAAAUGUUGGGAAUCUAAUGUGAGAUAGAUUAGAAUUAAAUCCUUAGUUUUAUGAUCAAACUUCUGUUUUUGUAAUCAUGGUAGGCAAAGUAGGCUAUAUAAUAUAAUACAAAAACAAUUGAGUUGGAUAUCGCAAAAAUUAACAUGAUACAUGAUUUGUCUCAAAAAAAAAGAUUAUGGAAGAUAAUAUGAAAUAUUAUCUAGGCUUACUUAUUAUCUAAGGUAACUUACUUUAUUUCACUGACGCAGACAGUGCUUUCACCUUUCUGCUGCGUCACUCUUUGUUUUGUCUGAGCAUGCGCACUGAGACGGCCUUUCUAACAUUGUGUUUUUACUUUAUUUUGCUUAAAAAAUAUGAACUAAGGGCAAAACACUUGUUUUAGCUUGAACAAGACUGGGGCAAUAAAACUGACCAGCUCGCUCGUGCGACGCUGUUCAAACGAGUCACUAUCAGAAAAAAUGUCCCGUAUGGGAGGGGUGGCGAAUUAAUAUUCAUCCGGUUUAUGCUGGGUCGGUGGUCCCUUAAGAGUUUGUCGGAUCUACAGACGUGUCGAUAGUAAGAGAUUUAAUGUCACCAGCACAUUCAAGUUGCUUUAAAACACGUCGCUGAAACACCAGCUCCCUCCAACUGGACACGCCCCAGGUUUUAAAGAAACACCAUGGACCAAGACUCGGAGCGUGCUCGGUUUGUGGAUGCCCACUGGGCGGAAAUUGUCCAGAAAAUAAAUGUGGUGAUGCCGAUAGCGGAUGAGCUAUGGGCAGAAGACUUGAUGCAUUGGGAGCCAUACUGUAAGAUCAGAGCAGAACGUACUAACCAGGAGAAAAUGAGAGAGCUUUAUAAAGUGCUGCACUCUGGUGGAGAUAAGGCCAAAUCUGACUUUUAUUCUCGACUGGAAAAGCAUGAGUCACGUCUGUUCAAAGCCUUGGGUAACAUUGCACAAACUGCCGAAGCUCUCAUAGAAAGCUUAAACAAAUAUAAGAAGUGGAUCCAGAGGGAAUAUGAAUAUGUGACCGAGUAUAACUCUCUGCCUGGUGAAUAUGUGCUUCUGUCUGAACGAUACACACAACCUCUGAUCAUCAUGAGACACAAGGAAAAGAAAGAACGAGAAGAAGAGAUGUGCUCUGUUGGAGAAAGUUUUCAGCAGCUCCUCAUCUCCAGGAAUAACGCAGACAAAGACAGCUCCAUCCUGGGUGCGCUUUUCAGUGUCGAUAAUAAAGGGAUCAGUCCUUGCUCUGUUAUUCUGCAAGGAAACUCCGGGAAUGGAAAAUCCUUCACCGCUCAAAAGAUCAUGCUGGACUGGGCAUCUGGAAACCUUUACAGAGAAGAGUUUGAUUGUCUGUUUCACUUAAAAUGCAAAGAACUGAACCACAUAUCUGGAGAGCAAAGCUUGGCAGAGCUUUUAAAUCACAACACUAAUUUAACAUCAGACCAGAUCUCACAGAUCCUUCAGAGGUCACCAGAGAAAGUUCUCAUUGUCAUUGAUGGAUUUGAUGAACUCAGGCUUACUUGCAGUGAAACAUCAGAUAUGCCCAAACUCAGCCACGUUUCUGAAAAAGCUCCACCUGAGGCUUCUCUGAAGGCCUUGUUGAGGGGCCACAUCUUAUCCGAGUCUUUCCUUCUGGUCACCACCAGAUCUACAGCUACAAAAACUCUGGCCAGUCAGCUCAAGCACCCUCAGCGUUUCACUGAGAUUAUCGGUUUCUCCGAGAAGGAGGUGGAGGAGUACUUUCAGAGGUUCUUUCAGAAUGAAGAACUCUUCAGAAAAGCUUUUGAGUGUGUAAAGGCGAAUGAAACCCUCAUCACCGCCUGCUCCAUCCCUGUGAUCUGCUGGAUCGUUUGCACGGUUAUGCGAGAGAGGUUCAGUGAUGAUGCAGAUGUGACCAGUGGAUUAGAAACCACCACCUCCAUCUACGUUGACUUUGUGUCCACUCUUCUGGAGCAUCACUGCCAGGGUAUAAGUCAGUCUCCUCUGACUCUGCUGAUGAGUCUGGGUCAGCUGGCAGAGAGAGGGAUGUUGGAAAAGCAAGUGUUGUUUGAAGAGAAAAGGGUGCAUGAAACCGUUUCAGACCCUGCUAAAAGUCCGUUCUUGUGCAAGUUCCUGUUUAAGAGAAGAAUCCGCCAGGAGACGUUGUUCAGUUUCAUGCAUCUCAGCUUUCAGGAGUUCUUCACUGCUCUGUACUUCAUCUCACUGACUGAAAGAGACUUUCUGGAUAAACUAACGAAACGGUUCCACUCUCGAACAGAAAGCUAUCUUGAUCUAUAUUUCGAUAAAAAGUUUCCAUUGAAGUAUGGAUGCCCUGAACCUCAUUUCCUGCCUGUGAUUCAGUUUCUCUGUGGCCUCUCCAAUAAAGAAGUGAGCAGCUCACUCGAAGAGACGCACAAUCUGUCUGUCUCUUCCUUUGUACAGGCACCAUUGAAAGAAUGGAUCCUCCAUGUUAGCUCAAGUAGCAAUUACAAUUUCUUGCCCUUCAUUCUACACUGUCUUUAUGAGCUUCAUGAGAAAGAGUUUGUACAGAAAGCUAUGGAAGCUUGGCAGGAGUUAGACAUGUCCUGGGAUCAGCUGAGAAGGACGGACUGCUGGGCGUUGUUGUACUGUCUGGACUGCUGUCCUCACUUCAGGAAUCUGAAGCUCAACUUUGCAGCUGAGGAGCUGAAGAUGCUUCAGCCUGUGCUGCACAGGACUGCAGAACUAGAGUUGACAGUGCAAAACUGUUCUGACACAUGUGUCACCGAUCUGCUCUCAGCUCUUGGAGAAGGAAAACGUCUUCGAGAACUGAGACUGAACAGCAGCUGUUUGUCAGAUGAAAGUGUGCGGCAGAUUCUAAAUGCCCUUCAUAAACAAAAGUACAUUGGUGGACUUCAGAUGGCAGUGAAGAGCAUCUCAGCUGACACUGCCCUCAUCCUCACAGACUUCCUGCAGACUAAAGUGAAAUGGGAGGAAGUCAGUUUAAGGUCCGAUGACGAGGAAAGUCUCUGCUCAUCUCUACAGCUCUUCAGCUUUGAAGGGAAGCUUGUGUUGAAAGUGGUCAAGCAGUGUUCAAGCACACAGAAUGAACCAUCAGUGUCAGAAAUCAUUCUUAAAUGUCCACAUUCAAAGGCAUCCAGUAUUAAUGUCAAGAACCUCUUGCAGGCCUUCCACAGUCUGAACUGUAUGACAGAGGAAAGUGCAGAGUUUGACAGGCAGGCUAAUGCUCUGCUGUCUCAGCUGCCAUCUGUGUCUGGUUUGAGCGCGCUAAAUCUUUCUGUCCCUGUCCUGACGGAGGCUUGGGCUUCCAGAAUCCUCUUCCUCAUCGAGUCUUGCCACAGACUGGCUGGGAUCAGUUUUGAUGCUGGUUCAAAGGGAUCUGACGGUGUUGAGUGGCUCCCUGGUCUUUUAAUGGAGGAGGGAAUCAAGUUAUUGAAGGAAUCCACAAAACGGCCCGACUGCACUGUGGUCAUUAGAGGCUUCAGAUGCAGUAAAUCCUCUGACCGCUGCACUCGUCUCACCGAGCAGAUCAAGGAGCUCAGAUGCAACCAGAGAGUGACUAUUGAGUUCUAUGAAGAGAAAUGUAAAGAAGAAAUAAAGUCUGAACUUGAACUACCGGAUGGUAACUGAGUCUUUUGGUGCAAAUGCAAAGACGACAUGUAAUAAAUCACUGGUGGAUGUAUAACUUAAGUUGUUUUUAAAGGGGUCCUAUGUUGCCAUUUCAAAUUUUUCUUUCUAUUUGGAGUGUUACCAGCUGUUAGUGUAUAGAUAAGUUGCAAUGAUUAAAGUUUAAACACCCUCUCA